AUGUCCAAUAACAGUUUAAGUGAAGAGCUUGGAGUGAUAUUUAAUCACUUGUCUGGGUGUGCUAGGUACUCGUUGCAAAAUUUGUUUUUGGAAGAAAAUAAAAUCAACGGCACACUAGCUAACCUUCUAAUAUUCACAUCUUUGAAAACAUUGGAUCUUUCUAGUAAUCGAUUAAGUGGAAAGAUACCUGAAGGUAGCAGAUUGCCAUCUCAGUUGGAGUCUUUGUCAAUCCGCACAAACUCUUUAGAAGGUGGAAUUCCAAAAUCAUUUGGGGAUGCAUGUACUUUGCGCUCAUUGGUCAUGUCCAAUAACAGUUUAAGUGAAGAGCUUGGAGUGAUAUUUAAUCACUUGUCUGGGUGUGCUAGGUACUCAUUGCAAAAUUUGUUUUUGGAAGAAAAUAAAAUCAACGGCACACUAGCUAACCUUCUAAUAUUCACAUCUUUGAAAACAUUGGAUCUUUCUAGUAAUCGAUUAAGUGGAAAGAUACCUGAAGGUAGCAGAUUGCCAUCUCAGUUGGAGUCUUUGUCAAUCCGCACAAACUCUUUAGAAGGUGGAAUUCCAAAAUCAUUUGGGGAUGCAUAUACUUUGCGCUCAUUGGUCAUGUCCAAUAACAGUUUAAGUGAAGAGCUUGGAGUGAUAUUUAAUCACUUGUCUGGGUGUGCUAGGUACUCGUUGCAAAAUUUGUUUUUGGAAGAAAAUAAAAUCAACGGCACACUAGCUAACCUUCUAAUAUUCACAUCUUUGAAAACAUUGGAUCUUUCUAGUAAUCGAUUAAGUGGAAAGAUACCUGAAGGUAGCAGAUUGCCAUCUCAGUUGGAGUCUUUGUCAAUCCGCACAAACUCUUUAGAAGGUGGAAUUCCAAAAUCAUUUGGGGAUGCAUGUACUUUGCGCUCAUUGCACCUGUCCAAUAACAGUUUAAGUGAAGAGCUUGGAGUGAUAAUCCAUCACUUGUCUGGAUGUGCUAGAUACUCACUAGAUGAGUUGGAUCUGGGCAUGAAUAAAAUCAAUGGCACAUUGCCUGACCUUUCAAUAUUCUCAUCUUUAAAAAUAUUAUAUUUUCAUCAAAACAGGUUAAAUGGCAAUAUUCCUGAAGAUAUUCGAUUUCCAACUCAAUUGGUUUCACUGGAUAUUUCUUCAAACUCUUUGGAAGGUGUGAUCAGUGACUCCCAUUUUGCUAAUAUGUCUAAGUUAGAGUCAUUGGACUUAUCUGACAACUCAUUGGCUGUAGUAUUUAGCCAAAACUGGGUUCCAUCCUUUCAAUUACAAUCCAUAAAAAUGAGAUCUUGCAAGCUAGGUCCAACAUUUCCCAAAUGGUUGCAGACACAAAAUAACAUCAUUGAUCUUGACAUUUCUCAUAAUGGAAUAUCAGAUAUUGUUCCAGAGUGGUUUUGGGCUAAAUUUUCAUUCUUGGAGUUGUCGAACGUGAAGCUUUCAUACAACAAUCUCAAAGGUACAAUUCCAAAUUUUCCUGUAAAGAAUAUUCCUUUUUCUUUAACUCUGACGUCAAAUCAAUUUGAAGGCCCCAUUCCAACAUUUAUGCGGGGUUUUGUAACCCUUGAUCUGUCCAUAAAUAAGUUUUCAGAUUCUCUUGGGUUUUUGUGUGCUAAUGGUACAGUUGAAACAUUAGCCCAAUUAGACCUUUCACAUAAUCAGCUAUCUGGACAGAUUCCGGACUGUUGGAGCCAAUUCAAGUCAUUAGCUUAUUUAGAUUUGAGUCACAAUAAUUUUUCAGGAAAGGUUCCCACUUCAAUGGGAUCGCUUCUUGAACUUCAAGCAUUGCUAUUGAGAAACAAUAGUUUAAAUGAGGGGAUCCCUUUCUCAUUGAGGCAUUGUACAAAGUUAGUAAUGCUAGAUCUGGCAGAAAAUAGAUUGUCAAGACCUAUCCCUCCUUGGAUUGGGGGCGAAUUUCAAGAGUUGCAAAUUUUAAGCUUGGGAAGGAAUCACCUGUAUGGAAGCUUACCAUUACAACUUUGUUCUCUAAAAAGCAUUCAGCUCUUGGAUCUCUCAUCGAACAAUCUAUCCGGACCAAUUCCCAAAUGCUUCAAAAAUUUUACUUUAAUGGCUCAAAAGAAUUCCUCAAGAGAUUAUCCUGACCAUGUAUAUGAUUACAAGCAAGGUCCUGAAUCAGGCGGCGAAGCGUCAUAUGAAUUGAAUGAAUUCUUAAUGUGGAAAGGUGCCGAACGAAUGUUCAAGAAUAAUCAGUUAUUUCUUUUAAAAAGCAUUGAUCUCUCAAACAAUCAUUUUUCAAAAGAAAUUCCAGCAGAAUUGGAGAAUUUAUUUGGAUUGGUUUCAUUGAAUUUAUCAAGGAACAAUUUGACAGGGAAAAUUCCUUCAAAUAUUGGAAGGCUAACAUCACUUGAAUUUCUUGAUUUGUCAAGAAACCAGAUUUCUGGUUCAAUUCCUUCCAGUCUUGCUCAAAUUGAUCGGCUUGCAAUGUUAGAUUUGUCACAUAACCAUCUAUCUGGAGAAAUUCCGAUCGGCACACAGUUACAGAGCUUUGGUGCCUCCAAAUAUGAAGAUAAUCUUGAUCUUUGUGGGAAGCCACUUGACAAAUUGUGUAUGGAAGCAGAGCCACCGAAUGACAUUUGGAUUUGUUAUAGGCUUUUGGGGAAUGUUUGGCUCAAUUCUGGUCAAUCGUUCUUGCCGACAUGCUUAUUUCAGGAUAUUGAACAAUUUAGUUGA